UUGACUGUCUUCAUUUACAUGUGCUAGAUUUAAAACCUGCAUUCAAGCGAAACUUAGUGUUCGGUGUGUGUCUACAAUGCACUGAAUGUUGUCCCUCUGAAAGUUUUAUGGGAUCAAAUUUAUAGUUCUCCAAAACCUUUAAAUAGCACUAACUUGUGCACGGAUCUGGUAAUCUAUUGGCCGACCUGUGUUCAACUACCUGGGGAGUCGAUGAACAUGGAAAACCAGGCAUAUUCCCAGGGAGGCGAAAUGGAGCUUAAACAAAGGCCUGUGAAUAAUGGGGUGGAUUCUCCACACGUCGAGGUGGAAGUCAAAGGGAUCAAACUCAAACGGGAGCUGGGCCUAAUCAGUGGUACCUCCAUCAUAGUGGGAACUAUCAUAGGAUCUGGUAUUUUCAUCUCUCCAAAGGGAGUACUCCAGGAAACGGGAUCUGUUGGUCUGAGUCUAGUAGUAUGGGGAGCAGGCGGUCUCCUGUCCCUUAUGGGUGCUCUUUCCUACGCGGAGCUUGGGACCCUGAUAACGAAAUCUGGCGCAGAGUAUCCCUACAUGAUGGAGGCAAUGGGUAGAGUCGUGGCCUACCUGUUUGCCUGGACCAAAAUCAUCGUACUCACCCCGUCCUCCAUGGCCAUCAUUUGCCUGACCUUUGCAGAAUAUUUUAUGUCGUUGUUUGACUUUUGUGGAGAGCCUCAGAUACCAAAGAAAAUAGUUGCAGCCUUGGCUAUGAUUACCUUGGCAGUAGUAAAUUCCUGGGACACUAAACUCGCAGCCAGUGUGCAGGUGUUUUUCACUGGAGCCAAGUUGAUAGCUCUGGUCAUCAUCGUCAUCGGAGGUCUGGUCUGGCUAGGAAAAGGAGAAGUGGAGACAAUUCAGAAAGGAUUUGAGGGCACCACCAAUUCUCCGUCGUCUGUGGCUCUGGCCUUUUACGACGCGCUUUGGGCAUAUGACGGAUGGAAUAACUUGAACUACAUUACAGAGGAACUGCAAAACCCAUACGUAAACUUACCACGUGCCAAUACGGUAGGGGUACUGUUGGUAACAGUCAUUUAUAUCUUGGCCAACAUUUCCUACUUAGCAGUUCUAGGAACAGAUCGCCUGCUCAACUCCAGUGCCGUGGCCCUGGAUUGGGGUGAAAUCGUGCUGGGUAAGGAUCUAUCUGUGAUAAUGCCCAUCUUUGUGAUGUUCUCUACAUUUGGAGCUGCAAACGGAUCUCUUUUUGCAGGAGUUAGAACAUUGUAUGUCGCCGCGCGUGAAAAUCAGUUCCCGGAAGUUUUAUCAUACGUCAACGCCCGACGACUAACUCCUACACCGUGCAUUAUAUUUACGACAGUGGUUGCCCUGCUGAUGUUGAUACCAGGUGAUAUUGGUAGUUUGAUCGACUUCUUUAGCUUUGCCGCCUGGAUGUUUUAUGCGUUAGCUAUAGUGUCACUUAUGAUACUGAGAUUUACAAGGAAGGAUGAUUACAGACCAAUCAAGAUUUUUAUCCUGUUCCCAAUCAUCUUCUUGCUGUGUUCCUUGUAUCUUGUGGUGGCCCCGAUCAUACAGGACCCAAGAGUAGAGUUUCUGUACGCCUUUCUGUUUAUCAUAGGAGGUCUCCUCUUGUACAUACCAUUUGUUCACUUCAAGAUUGACAGAGGCUGUUUUGAUCCAAUCACAAUGUUUUUUCAACUAUUUCUGGAAGUUGGACCUAGUCCCUAUGUUCCUGAUUUUGACUAAUCAAAUGAAAACUAUGUGUUGAUCUGUCAGUAUUCAAAAGAAAUUGCAAUGAUAUUGAUUUACAAAAGACUUAAAAUGGACUUGCAGCAAUGUAGAAAUCCAAUGAUAACAGCAAAGUAUUAUACAUUUGUAUAUCACUGUCUCCAACUGUCAACACGGUAUAUGAUAUAUUUUAAUACUUACAAAUUGUUCCCAUUGUUCCCAUCGACAUGAAGGACAUUUGUUGUAUUAUACAGUAUGUUUAUGGUGAUGUGUUACAUAUUUGAUAUGUGAAAGUAAUCUGAUAUCGAUAUGUUGGGAUUUAUGUAUAUAGAUGUACACGAUGUUCCUAUCGAUCGAUGUGUUCGAUAUUAACGAUGUGUAUCAUCCACUCGUUGUAUAUUAACGAUGUGUAUCUUCCACUCGUUGUAUAUUAUCGAUGUGUAUCUUCCAGUCGUUGUAUAUGAACGAUGUUUAUCUUCCACUCGUUGUAUAUUAACGAUGUGUAUCAUCCAGUCGUUGUAUAUUAACGAUGUGUAUCUUCCACUCGUUGUAUAUUAUCGAUGUGUAUCUUCCAGUCGUUGUAUAUGAACGAUGUUUAUCUUCCACUCGUUGUAUAUUAACGAUGUGUAUCAUCCAGUCGUUGUAUAUUAACGAUGUGUAUCUUCCACUCCUUGUAUAUUAACGAUGUGUAUCUUCCACUCGUUGUAUAUUAUCGAUGUGUAUCUUCCAGUCGUUGUAUAUUAACGAUGUGUAUCUUCCAGUCGUUGUAUAUUUACGAUGUGUAUCUUCCAGUCGUUGUAUAUUAACGAUGUGUAUCUUCCACUCGUUGUAUAUUAACGAUGUGUAUCAUCCAGUCGUUGUAUAUUAACGAUGUGUAUCUUCCACUCGUUGUAUAUUAAUGAUGUGUAUCUUCCACUGUUGUAUGAUAACGAUAAGUAUCUUCCAGUCGUCUCUUCCAGUCGGUGGAUUUUAAUGUGUAUGUUUCCUAUCCCUAUUCCAACUGUAUUAAUAUAUUUUUCUUUUGCAUGUUAGUAUUAUAUUCCCAAUUUUUUUUUUAUUUUCUCUCAACAACGUAUACAUGGUUUUGUAGUGCUUGUAGUGAGGAAUAUGUAUUCAGUAAAGAAACAGGAAACAAUGAUGGUAGUUAAAGUAAUUGUGUUACCGUCGGCAUUCUAUUCUUGUGAGCUAUGGACAGCAUUAUCUAAAGAAGAUCUGAACAAAAUUGAAUAUAUCCAAAGACAUUUUUCUAGAAUAAUACAAGGUUUUUCAAAACAUUUUCCAUCUCUUUCGUGCAUUGCAAAUCUAGGUUUAUGGACUAUGGAAGGAUAUAUUGAUAAAUGUCGUUUAUUAUUAUUCGGUAGACUGCAUAGAGCAGAUCAAAACUCUACUCACAAUAAAGUAUAUAGAUUUAUUUCCAAUGUUUGUGUUGCUGAAAAGUUUCUCGUGACAAAAAUUAUUACUGAUACUCUGACAAAAUACGAAGUGUCUAAUGUAUUUUCUGACCAUGCUGAUAUUGUUUUUGAUAAACAAUCAUUUUCAAAAUUAGUUUUUAAAAAUGUAUUUCUAGUAGAAGAUAGAAAAUGGCAUAAUGCAAUAUCACAAUGUCAACAUAUGUCGUUGUUUAUGAAAAUUCAUUGUAAAUUAAGACCAAGUCAUAUUUGGUGUAUCCUUAAUGAAAAUCCUGGUCAACGACGGUCUAUUAAUUGUCUCUUGCAACUUGCAUCUAUGAAAAUAGUUUCAAAAGAAUGUACUUUGUGUGGUAAAAAUGUUUUAAAUUAUAACAUGCAUGUAAUAAUGUUCAUUGCUUCAAUGUUUUAUCAGAAAGAGAACAUUUACUAGAGAAUGUAUUGGAUCUGUUAGACCUUGAAGAAUAUGUUAAUUUUGAGAGCCAAAGUAUUGAAACACAAUAUCUUUCUCUUCUGGGAUGUAUUAAUGGUACUAGCUUUGGAAAUUUGUCUCGUGAUAAAUGGAAAAAAGUAAUUCAAAUUGUUUCAAAUUACGUUUUCAAAUUGAAAAAUCUCUUUAUCUUUGAUUGUCGUAAAAUGUAACUUGGUACAUAUAUAAUUAUGUUUGUUUGUUCCUGUUCAUAUCUAAUUAUAUAAUGUUCUAGUUGUCAAUUACUUAUAACUCUCCAUUACCUUGGAGGAAAUAAAGAAUAUUUUAUCUUAUCUUAUCUUAUCAAUUAAUUUACAUAUAUUUAUAAAACAGCAGAUUUUUUUUAACUCGUCGAAAUGAAAAUUUUGUCAUUUUAACCAGUUUAUGUAUUUUUGUCAUGCUAUUUAAUGAAAAUGUGCGAUUUUCUGAUGUUCAUGUCAUCGAUGUUUUGUAUGUCUGACCUCAUUAAAAAUCUGACACAUGUA